AUGUCUGUAUUCUGGUUUGUACUUGGCCGACCCGCUGAUUUUGAAUCAAUGGCUUCCUCAAAGAAAGUCAUAACUAGAGAAGAGUGGGAGAAAAAGCUCAACGAUGUAAAGAUUAGGAAAGAGGACAUGAAUAAAUUGGUUAUGAACUUCCUGGUUACAGAGGGUUAUGUUGAUGCUGCUGAAAAGUUCAGAUUGGAAUCUGGGACUGAACCUGACAUUGAUCUAGCAACUAUAACUGACCGGAUGGCUGUUAAGAAGGCUGUGCAGUGUGGUAAUGUGGAGGAUGCUAUUGAAAAAGUGAAUGAUUUGAACCCUGAGAUAUUGGAUACAAAUCCUCAGCUUUUUUUCCAUCUUCAACAACAGAGAUUGAUAGAAUUAAUCAGGAAUGGAAAAGUCGCUGAGGCUUUAGAGUUUGCUCAGGAGGAACUUGCCCCUAGAGGAGAGGAAAAUAAGAGCUUUUUAGAAGAGUUGGAGAGGACUGUUGCGCUGUUGGCUUUUGAUGAUGUUAAGAAUUGUCCUGUUGGGGAUCUUUUGGAUAUCUCACAACGCCUCAAGACUGCAAGUGAAGUCAAUGCCGCUAUUCUUACUAGCCAAAGCCAUGAAAAAGAUCCUAAGCUCCCAAGCUUGUUAAAAAUGCUGGUAUGGGCACAAAACUCACUUGAUGAGAAGGCUGCUUAUCCUCGCAUAAAUGAUGUAUCUACUGCUACACUUGAAGAUCCUGCUAUUUGA